ACAGAAUUCCAUUCGACAAUGGAAUCAAGUUUCAUAAUUCCAUGUCUUCUUCUACUUCUCUUGCAGUUUCUUUGUCUAGCCGCCGGCCAACUAAACUAUUUCCCCAUUUUCCGAUGCAGAGACGACGGUAAUUUCACGAGAAACUCCACAUACGAAACAAAUCUCAAAACCGCCUUCGCUUCCCUCUCCGCCACCGCAGCAACAGGCUACGGCUUCUACAAUACCUCCGCCGGCGUAAGUCCAAACGCCGUCACCGCCAUCGCUCUCUGCCGUGGCGACGUUGGAUCGGAAACCUGUAGGGAUUGUAUCAGAAACUCAAUCGUCCUGCUAAGACAGAACUGUGCUAACCAGUUAGAAGCCUUAAUUUGGAGCUCGAAUUGUUCAGUACGCUAUUCAAAUCGUACUUAUACUUCAGUUGUCGAUGUUCGACCUAACGCCAGAGUGUCGAGCUCCAUUAAUGCAUCGGACAUUGACGUUUUCGAUAAGGCGUUGAGAAAUUUAGAAGGAAGAUUACGGGUGGAAGCUGCCGGAGGAAAUUCCCUUCGGAAGUUUGCAACCGGAGAUGUCGGUUUUGGGCCAGAUUCGUCGAAGAUUUACGCUCUGAUGCAAUGUUCGCCGGAUUUAUCUUCUUUUGACUGCAAUUCGUGCUUGUCGGUUGUGUAUAGGGAAUCUCAAGGCUGCUGCGAUGGCGAAAUUGAUGUCGGCGUUUUUUAUCCGAGUUGUUCCGUUAGGUAUUCGAAUGCGUCGUUUUAUAAUGAUCCUCCGGCAAUCAAGCUGCCGUCUCCGCCUCCGUCUUCACCAGAAUCGCCGGCAAUUCCGGGAGGAAGAGGAAAUUCACCAAAGAGUAGUAUUUACGUCAUCGUUCCUGUUGCAUGUGUUUUGGGUGGGAUACUCAUAAUUAUCGGGUUAUGUUUGUUUAUAAAAAGAAGGCGGAAGAAUAAUAUUAAAGAUGCUGCUGCUGCUGCCAAAAAAGAAAGCGGGACUGCGUUUUCGUCGCUAGUUAUGAACGAAAACCAAAACAUCAGCGCUAAUUUAGCACAAGCUGGGUCAGCUGAAAUGGAAAUGGGUGCAGUAGGAUCUUUACAAUUCGAUUUGGUCACCAUUGAAGCAGCCACCAAUAGUUUCUUCGAUGGAAACAAAAUUGGUCAAGGCGGGUUUGGUCCAGUUUAUAAGGGUGUUCUAGCCAAUGGGAUGGAGGUGGCAGUGAAGAGACUAUCAAAAUCAUCGGGACAAGGGUUUUGCCUUGAUGCGGAUGAAAAAUUACUCAUCUAUGAAUACGUAUCCAACAAAAGCCUCGACUACUUUCUCUUCAAUCCAAAUAGACAUGGUCAGUUAGAUUGGCCGAAACGAUAUAAAAUCAUAGGAGGGAUCACUAGAGGAAUGCUUUAUUUACAUGAAGAUUCAAGAUUAAGAAUCAUUCAUCGUGAUCUCAAGGUUAGCAAUAUUUUGCUAGAUUUUGAUAUGAACCCUAAGAUUUCUGAUUUUGGUCUAGCGAGGAUUGUUGGAGUGGAUCAAACUGAAGUAAACACCAAUCGAAUUGUUGGAACGUAUGGUUACAUGUCCCCUGAGUAUGCGAUGCAUGGGCAUUUUUCUGUGAAGUCGGAUGUAUUUGCUUUUGGCAUUGUGGUUCUUGAGAUCAUCACUGGGAAGAAAAGUUCACGCUUUUAUAAUGAAGAUGAUCACCAAGAUCUUUCACAUUUUGCUUGGAAAAGCUGGAUUGAUGGAAGAGCAAUGGAGCUUAUGGACCCAACAAUGGUUGAAACUUGUUCUAAAGAUGAAGUCAUGAGAUGCAUCAACAUUGCGUUACUAUGUGUACAAGAAGAUGUGGAUGCAAGGCCUUCAAUGGCUUAUGUUUUAAACAUUCUCAACAAUUACUCCAUCUCUCUUCCAACUCCCACAAGAACUCCACAUUAUCUUCCUAAAAGACAUGACUCAUAUUCUUCAAGUAGUAAGUCUGUUUCUAAGUCAACGGAUGAAUCACUAAUCACUAAUGUAUAUGCACGGUAAUAAUUACUUGCAAGUUUUUUACCAUCAAUUCAUGCCAUUCUUUAUACUUUCAUGUUUAUUUUAUUUACAUAAUCAAUAUUCAAUUAUUAUAUCAAAUCACAUAACAUCUUUUUGUUUUUUACGGGUG